GAUGGCUCUAGCACUGCUGUCACGCCAAGUGACGGCUUUGCUCUAACAAGCAAAUUUUUUUUUACGAAGGUGGAGGUUUAUGUGCGAAAAAAUCUUCUUAAAUCUAAGUUAAAAGUGUGAAAAAGUGAUUAAAGAAUAUUCUAAAGGAGCCUCUGAGGACACAUGGAGACGACAAAUCGUACAAAUCAGCUUCAUGGUACGAAUAACACGGACCUUUUUAGCCUAGAGCUGAGCAGUAGCAGCGACGAUGAAGAUCAAGAAGACUUUGAAAAAGAUUCUCCAGUCGAGAGUGAAAACCCUACAAAUGGUCCAAAAAAGUGUCAAGAGUGCGGAUUAUCCUUUGAUCUGUAUCAAACCCUACAACUCCACAUUCUCAAUGUCCAUCGAAUAGAUCGGGCAGCCUUCAAUAGUAGCGAGGAGGAGUAUGUCGAAGAGAGCGACAAUGUCCCCAGCAUGGACGCAGAUCAGCCACUCAAUGUCGUAGGAUGCGAUCCGGACGAGGUGCCUGACCCUAAACCAUUCAAAUGCAAACAAUGCACCAAAUGCUUCAUGAUUGCUAAACAUCUUGAGAUGCAUAUGCAGGUGCAUGAGCUGAAACAGAAAACAGAGGCAGCUUAUAGAGGCGCCGCGGCUGCGAUGCGUGGCAGCGUGCAUGAAUGUCGGUUUUGUCAUGCGCCUCAGCGCAGUGUUUCGGGGCUGAGGGCGCACGAGAGACGCCACUUAAGGGUGGACAAAGAAACUGAUAAACUCAAAAUUCCGCCCAAGAAGAGACGGGGUCGCUCGAAUCGUCCCCAAGCCACAAAAUCUCCUGAGAUUCGUGUUCACGAUGACGAUGAGAAUGAGGAUAAGGAAUCUGACGAAUGGAGCAAUGAGGACUAAAAGGCUAAUGCGAAUGUGAAGGAUGGAGGACUCACAUGCGUCUACAUUUAAAGAUUCUCAACAAAAGAACACCAUUUAUACAUGUUAAGUAUCGUAAGAGGAAAAAAAAAGCUUACAUCCGGGCGCAGUGCAUCGUUGAGCGGCUGAAUCCAGAAAUUCCGGCAACUCGAUGGGUUCAAAGCAACAUUUUAUCAUUGAAGACAUUUUCUUUUUCUAAAAAACUUCUUUUUCUCUUAUCACUUUUCACUUUAGAGACACAAAUCACAAAACUGUUUUUUUUUAUAAGGUGAAAUACUGAUUUAUUUUUAAAGAUUUUUUUCUUAAGUAGUUCACUACAAAAUUGUAAUUUAAAUUAUUUUUAAGUGUGCCUCUGAAGGGAGGGGAUUUUUAAGAGAGAAGAAGAUGCACGUUAUUAUUGGUAGAAUGUGUGGAAAAUUAAAUUCUGGAACUUAUUUUUUUUUUAUUUUAGAACAAUGUGAUUGCGAGAAAAAUUAAACUUUUAGGAGGAAAUAUAGAGAGUAUAAGAAUUAUCAUUAAAAUAGUGAAAAAAGUAUAAAAAAUGAAGUUUGAGGAAAAUAAAAAAAAUAGCAAAGAAUAAAUAA